UAUCGCUCUGGGCGGCUUCGAUUCUUGACAAUGGAUAGUGGGAACAAACUCAUCAGAAGAAAUCGAAAGCGACAAUAUUCAAGUGUAGCGCGGCUGAUAUCGUCGAUUGUACCUCGGGCUGCAAAACUGGCUAUCGACUUGGACAUGCCGUUUCUUGACUAAUUGAAUCCCCUUCUUGAGAUGCCUCACAAAGGAUUUAUUCACGGUCUCGACUCUCGGCGGCGUCUUGAUUCUGCACGAUGCAGCCCUCGGCCCGGACGCCAAAUACUCUCCAUGCCAGUCUCAAACUAUGGAGAGCAAUGCUGGUGCUUGUUACCAUCCUCUCAGUCUACAUGCGCCCAAUUUCGCUGAAGAGCUUGCCCGGUUGCCCAUGUCCCCAUGCACUUCCCACACAAUCAAUCGACAUGCUGUUGGACGGUCCGGUGCCCUAACAAUCGGUGCCGCUUGCAGGCUUCCCAGUUCCCAUGUCGCUUAGGUCUCUUCCAUCAUAUCCGGUGUCAUCUGGUCUAUUGCGAGGGGUCAGACGACCUCCCACUGCCGAGCAUAUAUGAGUCUGCGUAGGCAGAAGAGCGGGGUUCAGCAGACCACCGGCCCAACUCACACUCCAUACUUACUCCGACUCAUCACUCAAUGGCCGGCGGUGGUACAUCAUCUCAGCCCUUGUCCUCUGCGCGCCGCAAAAACCUGGCCGGAAAGUCUGGAUGGGCGGGCUUAGUCGAGAAUCGGCGCGUGUUUGUGAUGGCGGUGUUCGCUUCGUUGGGUGGAUUACUCUAUGGUUAUAACCAGGGUGUCUUCUCGGGUGUCCUGGGAAUGCGCAAUUUUGACGAUGCGAUGGGAAAUUCUGUCACGGACUCCGGAAAGAAGGGUUGGCUCGUGUCCAUCCUGGAGCUCGGCGCUUGGCUCGGUGUUCUUCUGACGGGUUAUAUUGCCGACAAAAUCUCGCGCAAGUAUGCGGUUGUGGUUGCUGUGAUCGUGUUCUGCAUCGGUGUGAUUGUUCAAACGACAGCUCAUGCCUCUCCGUCUAUCUACGGCGGUCGUUUCGUGACGGGUCUCGGAGUGGGGUCCUUGAGCAUGGUUGUCCCGCUGUACAAUAGUGAAAUAUCGCCCCCGGAAGUGCGCGGCAGUCUGGUCGCCCUGCAGCAAUUGGCAAUCACUUUCGGCAUCAUGAUCAGCUUCUGGAUUGAUUAUGGCACAAACUACAUUGGUGGCACCGGGGCGACUCAAAGUGAAGCUGCCUGGAGAAUCCCUUUGGCGCUCCAGCUCGUCCCGGCGCUGUUCCUCGGCAUUGGGAUCCUUUGGAUGCCAUUCUCACCGCGGUGGCUGGUCAAUCAGGGGCGGAACGACGAGGCUCUGGCUGUGCUCAGCCGUGUUCGCGGGCAGUCCUCCGAUUCCGAGGUUGUCCAGAUUGAAUACCUGGAGAUCCAGGCGCAGUAUCUGUUCGAGAAGGAGACCCUGGAGAACAAGUUCCCUCAGUAUCAGGAUGGCAGUUUCUCUUCCGAUUUCAAACUCGGGUUCUUUGCCUAUUUCACAAUGGACAGGCAAGUCUACUUUCGCUUCUACCUCGAGAGCAUCUUCCAGAAACUGGGGUUGACCGGAAAUACCAUCUCCUUGCUUGCGACAGGUGUUGUCGGGAUCUUGAUGUUCUUGGCGACGAUCCCCGCCGUGCUGUGGAUCGAUAAGCUCGGGAGACGUCCGAUUCUCAUUUCAGGCGCCUUUGUGAUGGCGAUCUGCCAUUUCAUCGUAGCCAUCCUCACUGGGCUGUAUCAGAAUUCGUGGCCCGAUCAUGUCGCCGCUGGUUGGGUCGCCUGCGUCUUUGUGUGGAUUUUCGCCAUUGGUUUCGGAUACUCGUGGGGUCCUUCUGCUUGGGUCAUUGUCGCUGAGAUAUGGCCACUUUCUGUUCGUGGGAAAGGUCUUUCCAUUGCAGCGUCUUCAAAUUGGAUGAACAACUUCAUUGUCGGGCAAGUCACACCGACGAUGCUCCAGCACAUUGGUUUUGGUACAUUUGUGUUCUUCGGCGCAUUUUCUCUGAUGGGCGGGCUUUUCGUUUUGUUUUUCGUACCGGAGACAAAAGGAAGGACGCUCGAAGAGAUGGAAGAAGUAUUCAGCGACAGCGCCAAGAUUGCACUGGAAGAUCAAGCGCGCCUCGACGCUAUAUAUAAACGUCUCGGGCUUCACGAUGCGUCGACCACGGAAAAGAACGAUAUCGAGGACAAGGCGGCAGAGGAUAGGAUUUCGAACAGUGUAGAAUAGUGUUUUCACAAGUGCUUAGUUUACGAUGUACGAGUCUUACGAGAUCCAGCUUGAGGAUGUUUUGACGACCCUGAGAAUAAGAGAUCAGCAUUCCGCAGUCUAUUGAAGGUGUCGGAGAUCAGAAGUCGAUUGAGUAUCCUCAACCCAGUAGGGUAUAGGUAGUCUAACAUGCUUUUGACUUGAUGCCAGAGGCCAUCACAAGAGAGAGAGAGAGAAAUGAAGUGAGGACCAACCUUUAACAUGAGGCAAGCGAGAGGUUUUGGACACUUGCGGUUGGUGACGAUACCUAGUGUGCGCAAGUUGUGGAAAAGAGCAGAGAACGAAAACGCUGAGACGGGCCGUUACUGAUGUUCUUUGUCACAACGACUCUCAUCACGUGCAGGAGAUCUGAUCGGGCCGCUGCGCCUCACUUCAACUAGGCCAACACACACCGCCGAUGCCUCGUGGUCUUCUCGUAUUCAAAUACCAGCCGUAAGAGGGCAGGCUCGGGCAUCUAGAGUGCAAAGAUCAAUUACAUAAAGGAAUCCAGCGCUCGCAUCUGAUUCCCACACUCGACCACCGCGCGCAGCCUUCUCAUCGUUUGCUUGUAUCGCACAGUAUUUCGGGUGCGAUAUGGCGGCCACUGGAUUUCCUCCCGCCCGCAUCGACAUAAUAUCACCCGAUCCUGGCAGGCGUCACAAAUCCCCCAUCACACCCGCCACUACCGCCGGUGUCACUGGUAUCGUCUACCCUUCGCCUGUCGACGCGCCGCCUCGACCGCCCCCCUUGCCGCCCAAACGACGCCCGCCCGGGCAUCGAUUGUCCCGCAUCGAGUCUGUGUCGUCUGUGACGUCGCAGGACUUCAUCCAGAUCUCGGACGACAUCGUGGCACUUCCGCAGCUGGAGGACGAUGCUAUCCUGGACGAUCUGUGGAAGUCGUUGCGUGCAGACAAGGAGCUCAAAAUGCACAAGGAGGUCUCCAAAGUUAAAUCCCUGGAGGAAAACAAACCAAUUAUACCUCCGAUCACCGAAGUUGUCCCACCCCGCGCGGCAUCGAGUUCGAAAACGAGCACACCCGCCCUUCAGCAUGCACGGACUGCAUCGAUUAGCAGAAGCACCUCGUCCCCGCACCGCUCGCCGCACACGCCGUCGCCGCUUUCCAGGCAGAGCCAUAGUCCGCCUCGUACGGAACAUUCACAGUCUCACGCCAACCGAAAGUCGCUGCUAGAGGACGUUGUGCCUGAGACUUGGGUUCGGACGGCUCCUCCGAGUAUCGUGUCCCCUCCCCCUCCUUCGCCACCGCCACCUCCUCCAAAGGCAAAGACAGUCAAGAAGAAGAGAUCUGUAGUGUCGUACAAGACGGUGCCAGAACGGAACUUUCAAGUUGCUAUAUUUGAUCUACGGGGCGUCGACCGAGACGACAUCCGCGUGACCUACAAACGAGAUCACCUCAUCGUUUCGUGGGAGAUAUGGGAGGUCGAAGAUUGGGAGGAAGAGGACUGUAUCGCCCGCAAGACACUCGAGCGAGUGUAUCAUAGAAUCAUUCCCCUUGCGCCCGGGACAAAGUUUAGUGAGGUGUACAGUACGAUGAAAGGCGAGGACAUGCUCUUGCGCUACCCCCUCACAGCAAUGUAAUAGUACUACACCCCUUGUGUGCAUGUUUGUUGAAAUCCAGCCGUAAUACACGUGGUUUGGGGCAAGA